AUGAAACGCAUCAUCAGACACAAUCCGGCGAAGCCAACGCCAUCGUCGUCGUCGUCUUCCCCUCGCAAGCCCAUCCCCUUCCUCGCCGACCUCAAGUCCACAGACGACCCCGCCGACGCUCUCCGUCUCCUCCUACACUCCCCUCCCCACUUCCACGACUACCCUGCCUGCGCUUCUCUCCUACACCGCCUCGCCCGCUCCCGUCUCUUCCCCCUUGUCGACUCCCUUCUCCUCUUCAUCCGUUCCAAUCGCAUCCCCUGCAAAGAAUCUAUCUUUAACUCACUCAUUCACCACUUUGGUAAAGCUCGUCUUCCCGACAAAGCUCUCAACCUCUUCCUUUCCAUCCCUUCCUUCAACUGCUCCCCUUCCUCACCCUCCCGCCAAACCCUCAACUUUUUACUCAACGCCCUUGUCGACAAUGACGCCCUACACGAGGCUGAGUCUUAUCUGGCAGGCUGCAAAGAAUGGAAUCUCCGCCCCCAAUGUGGUCUCCUACAACAUAGUCCUCAAGGGGAGGUGUCAAAAAUACGGAAUGGGUGUUUAGAUGGUGCUAUGAGAUUGAAGGAAGAGAUGGUGAGCAAGGGAACGCACCCGAAUGCUGUCACUUUUGCAUUGCUUAUGGAAGGCUUGUGCAGGGAGGGGAAGUUUAAUGAGGCGAAGAAGAUGAUGUUUGACAUGGAGUAUCAAGGUUGUAAGACUAGGCUUGUGAAUUAUGGAGUUUUGAUGAGUGAUUGUGGGAGGAGAGGUGAUUUGGAUGGCAUGAACAAGGUGUUUGUGGAAAUGACUAGGAGGAGGUUGAGGCCGGAUGUUGUGACUUACAACAUCUUGAUAAACUACUUGUGCGCUCAUGGCAGGGUUUAUGAUGCAUACAAGGUGUUUGUUGAGAUGCAGUUGAAGGGAUGUGAACCCAGUGCGGCGACGUACCGGAUGAUGGUUGAUGGGUUUUGCAUAGCCAGGGAUUUUGACAGUGGGUUGAGAGUUUUGAGCACAAUGCUGUGUGGCAAGCAUUGUGUUAAAGAGGAGUCUUUUGAGGCUUUGGUUGUGGGGCUGUGUGAGGGUGGGAAAAUGGAUGAUGCUUGUUUUGUUUUGGAGGCAAUGGAGAAGAGGAGGUUGGUGUUGGGGUUUCAAGGCUGGAGUGCUUUGGUUGUGGGCUCUUGUUUACAUGCUGGCAAGGAAAUUGAGUUGCCAAUUUGCAUGUGA